ACAUUUCCUCUAAGUUAGGUUCUACAUGUAGCAAGAUGGGCGAGUCCACUUUCUGUCUCCGGAUCGAACCGAGCUGAGUUGAUUAACUUCUUUUUUUACUAGAAUCCCCCUUCGUUCACCCUUUUCAAAGGACCUCUGUCAUUUAUUAAACAUUUCAUCAAUAUUAGAGUAUUACUGGUACCUGGAAACUUUACCAACACAGGAUGAUGCAGGGAGGGGGCAUGCAUCAAGACUGGCGAAUAACAGCAGAGGACAGAGCGAAGCAUGAUAAUCAGUUCAACCAACUCAAGCCAGUCAAUGGCUUUAUUACUGGUGAGGCUGCUAGAGGCUUUUUCAUGCAGUCAGGACUGCCGCCACAAGUACUAGGCCAAAUAUGGACACUAUCUGACAUGAACUCUGAUGGGAAACUUGACAAGCUGGAGUUCUCCAUCGCCAUGUACCUCAUCAAGAAGAAAUUGAGCAAGGGGGAGCUUCCAAGGACCCUACCGGCCAGUCUGAAGCAGGCCCCGGCUCCUGCCAUGCCUGGCUUUGGGGUCCAGCCAAUGGGAAUGGUGAGACCAAUGACAGGGUUUGGUACCAUGCCUGCAGGAGGGAUGCCAGGUGUAGGGGGGAUGUCGGUUCCAGCGAUGUCUGCCCAGGGGAUGCAGCCGGGCAGUUUCAACACUCUACCUAACAGACCAACACCAAAUAUGGGAGGUUUUGGAGCAGGCUCUGCCCAGCAGAAUGCACUGGCAAGAGCUACUGCAGUGCAGGGUUCGCCAGAGAGGGCACGGUCAUCCUCUAUAAACGCCGACUGGGGUGUACCUCAUAACUCGAAGCUCAAGUUCACCCAGAUGUUCAACACCCAGGAUAGGACUAGGAGCGGGUUCCUGACAGGAGCCCAGGCUAGGAAUGUCCUGGUCCAGUCUGGUCUGGGUCAGGCCCACCUUGCACAAAUCUGGGGUCUCUCUGAUGUCGACAAUGAUGGGAGAUUGACUUGUGAGGAGUUCUGUGUGGCACUUCACCUUGUUGACCUGGUCAAGGCUGGGAAACCCCUCCCUGCUAAGCUACCACCUGACCUUGUACCCCCUUCCUACCGGCGAGGCCGCUCCUCCAGCUUGACCUCAUCGGGGGCGGGAGGGGCACCCCCUACCCCCGCUCCGGCUCCCGCCAUGCCCACCCCGAGCAUGAUGGCCAGUAUGGGGGGUAUGCCUCCUGCACCUAUGGUUGGUGGCAUGCCUCCCAUGGGAGGGGCAAUGAUGGGUGCUGGUAGUGGUGGUGGUGGUGUUACAAUGCCUGGUGCUAUGCCAGGUGUUAUGCCUCCUCAAGGAGGGUUUGGGGCUAUGGGGGCCCCUCUCUCCCCUGCCCUCGUCAAGCAGCAGAGCGUGGACGAGCAGCAGCCUCAAGAAGAAGAAAAGAAAUUCACUCCAGUAUCGUUUGAAGACAGAAAGAGACAGAACUUUGAGAAAGGUCAGCAGGAGCUUGAAAGACGGAGGGCAGCGCUGAGAGAAGUCCAAGAAAGAGAAAAGGAAAGGCAAAGGGAGAUUGAAAAGCAAGAGCAGGAGAGGAAAGAAAGAAUAAGGUUAGAGCAGGAAAGGCGGAGGCAGCUGGAGUUGGAGAGAAUGAUGCAGAAGCAAAGAGAAAUCGAAGCUGAGAGAGAAGCCCAAAGGUUAAAGUUAGAACAGCAAAGAGAGGCCGCAAGGAGAGAGCUGGAGAGACAGAGGCAGAUGGAGAUUGAGAGACAGAAGAGACAAGAACUGGAAGCCAAACGGAUAAAGUCCCAGGAGGAGGUUUGUCACCUCAAGGCCACCAACAAGACGUUAGCAUGUGAAAUUGAAACUCUGGAGGACAAGAAGAACGAGCUGAAUAAAAAGAUUAACGAGAGUCAGAACUAUGUGCAAGAACACCAGACAUCAAUCAUACUGAUGGGACAGAAUAGGGAUGUCAAGGUUGCCGAGAUAGACCAACUCCAGCAGAGAAUAAAGGAAUUACGUCAGUUGAAGCAACAGAGAGCUCAACAGAAGGAUGAACUACAGGUCCAAGCUAAGAAACUAAAUAUCAACACCCAAGUCUCGGAUACAUAUGCUGCAGUGAUGACUAGCUAUGACAACAAACAAAAGACUCUCGUGAGGAUGAGGGCUGCUCUGGAGGAGGUGGAGAGAAAAACCGCUGCCAGUCUCCAAGACACGGACUCCAACCAUUCAAAACUUGCUGAAUUGAAAGCGAACCUGGUGAGAGAUCAAAACGAGACGGAUCAGCUGCAGAAGCAGCUAAAAGCCAAGAUGGCCGACUUCAGCACGAUCAAGAAACGCCUUGAGGACCAGAAGAAGCUCUCACUCAUUAAACAGAACCAACAGAAUGAAAAAAUAAGGCAAGACGCAUUGCAAAAGAAGAAGGAGGAGGACGAGAGUAAGAAGAAGUUCGAUGCCAUCAGGUUAGCCCAGCAGCGAACGGAGAAAGAGAACGCAGAGGCGGAGAAGAGGAGAAAAGAAGAGGAAGAGAAGAAGAAGAAACAAGAGGAGAGUUCGAAGAAAGCUGAUCCAUUUGCUGCCUUUGGCUCAAGUGAGAAUGACCCAUUUUCUUCAGGCUUUGACGGUAAUGAAGUUAUAAAAACCGAUCCAAACGACCCAUUUGCUGCAUUCUCAGGUACUGGCUCAGUGCAAUCAACCAAAUCAGAUUCAGAGAAGAAAGAUCCAUUCGGAGCUUUUGCAGACUUCAGCAACUCCACCUUUGACUUUGGUCAACCCUUCAAGCCACAAUCGUCCACAACUUCCAGUAGUGCAACAACAACAUCAUCAACUAGCGCAACAAGCCCUGCCAGUCUUGCCACUUCUUUCACGCCAACACCUCAACCACGAACAGUAACAGCACCAGCUACAGUCAAGCAACCCUCUCCGGCAGCCUCGUCGCAGCAGAGUCCAUAUACGAUUCAACCAACGGUCGAGGCCGUCGUUGCCUCCCAGCCUGAGAAGAAAGAAGUGGAAGAACAGCCUUCGGGGGCAAAGAUCUCUGCUGCUGUGAAACCGGCCCCACUUCCCAAAAAUCUCAAGACGGUUCUUUCGCAGUAUAAAGCCCUUUAUCAGUUUGAUGCGGAGGGUCCUGAUGAGUUGUCCGUCAAGCCAGGAGACAUCAUCCUGGUUGGUAAGAACCAAGGGGGUGAACCCGGCUGGCUUGGAGGUGAACUGAACGGAAAGACGGGAUGGUUUCCUGAGAACUAUGCGGAGAAACUACCGUCCCCGCCUACCACGCCCAGGAAGCCAGAGAACGGCACCAUCUCCAAGACAGACGCCCCUUCUUGGGCCAGCUUUGGCGACACAAAGAUGAGCAUUGAGGUGAAGCAGCAGUCCGCUCCAACCCCUGCAGCAGUCUCUGCCGCUCUAUCCGCCUCGGCCAGCCUGACCACCUCUGCUCCGGCACCCUCCAGUCUCACCCCCUCUCCAGCUCCAGACACGGCUCCGGUGGCAACGUCCAGUCCGUCACCUGCCCCUGCACCUCAGGAACCAACCACUCCCCAUUCCACACCCGUCUCAGAAUUAGAGUCCGCUCCAGCAGCCCCCUCCUCCUCACGAUCCGUUGCGGCGUUGACUGCUGCCUUCUCCGCCGCCGCAGAGGCCAGUGCCAUCCCGCAGGUCAGCAAGCCAAAGCCAAUCGAGAAGGAACCAGCUACCAGCUCUGUGCAGGGAGCUACAGACGAGCCAGUGUAUGAUGUGAUUGGAGAGAGUGAUUCUAAGGUAGCAGCAGCUGAUAGUCAAUCCUCAUUCACCAAGGUUGUACCGCAGACAGGGUCCACUCCAUCACCUGUUCCAAAUCAGGGUACAAUACCCCCAGCUGGAACCCGGGUAAAGGCCCUGUAUGACUGGGACGCCAAGAAGGACAAUCACCUGUCUUUCAAAGCCGGAGACACCAUCACCGUCCUGGAGAAGCAGGAUAUGUGGUGGUCCGGGGAGAUGGACGGCAGACGGGGCUGGUUCCCUAAAGCUCACGUCCAGUUCCUUGAUGAGGCAACACCCGAGGGCAAGGGCCACAGUUUCCGCAACUCCGGUGACAUGGAUGCCAUCUACGCCAACACCCCUAAACCCCAAUCCGAGGAUCCGUUCGCCCUGUACGCAAAUACCCCAAAGGUGACCAAGCAACCGAGCCCUCCUCCGACGUCUCUUCAGCAACCAGUGCAACCCGAUCCAGCGGUUGCUGCACCCGCGGUGGCUGUGGCAGCUGCACUGGAUAAUAGCGCCCCUCAACAGGUGGAUGCUGGGGGAGAGAAGUCUGAGGAGUGUGUGGCUCUGUACACGUACUCUUCGGACGAGCCGAGCGAUCUUGCGUUUGAGGCUGGGGAGCGCAUCACCGUCACCAAGAAAGAUGGAGAAUGGUGGACGGGUAAGAUCGGAGGAAGGGAAGGCAUCUUUCCUUCUAACUAUGUCCAGACGGCACAGCCAGAGGGUCAGGGUUCAUCGUCCGGCGUUGGUCCAUUCCUCGCUCCAGGCAUACCAGCUGAUGUUGCAUCAAAGUCUGGAUCUCUGUCAAGGAAACCAGAGAUAGCUAAAGUCCUUGCAUCGUACGAAGCGACGGGUGCAGAGCAGCUGAGCCUGACCGCAGGGCAGCUCAUCAUGGUCAGGAAGAAGAACGCUAGCGGGUGGUGGGAAGGUGAACUGCAGGCAAGAGGCAAGAAACGCCAGAUUGGGUGGUUCCCUGCCAAUUAUGUGAAGUUAAUGGAAACGGGCGGCAAGCCCACUCCGGGCGAGACUUCAAAAUCACCAAGUAUCCUGUCUCCACCUACGCAAGCAAAUCAGAGGUUAACGCCAGGUAUCGAUAUGGUAUGCCAGGUGAUUACCAUCUACCCGUACACGCAGCAGAACCAAGACGAACUCUCCUUUCAGAAGGGCAUGGUCAUCAAUGUCCUAAAUAAGGAGGAUCCUGAUUGGUGGAGAGGGGAGCUGAACGGCACUGAGGGCGUCUUCCCGUCCAAUUAUGUUCAAGAGCUUGGGGAUAGCAAAAGUGCUCCCGCCGUUGACUAACCAAGUAUCCCGGUCUCUUAGCAUACCACUCUUUACAAAAAAGAGCAUUUAAGACCCACUACCAAACUUAUACCUGGAUUGAGAAAUUGAACCCGGUGCAAAAAAAAUAACCCUCUAUGGAAGUAUCUGGAUAUACAACUCGACCCGAGAGGCACUGAGACGGGAACAACACCAGUCUUGGACUUCUCUUGAUGGCCUCUCUUUGGACAACCUUCGGAACUGCUUCACCCACCUUCGAGUCCUCGUGCUUAUAUGAUCACUGUUCAGUCAGCACUUGUGUGCAUCAUUCAGAGUUGUGUUUGGUAGUGGGUCUCAGAUGCUCUUGACCGUUCCCAUACUAAUGUGCUAGUCACCAGUGAUAGAGUUCUGCCGCAGUCACACCUACGAAACCGACCCUGAACCGACCGAUGAAAUGCCAGUGGAAAUAACGCAGUAGUUUCCCAUCGGUCCGGAGUGGGUGUGACUGAGCAUUAGCUAGGUCUAGGCUUAAGCUAUUUCUCUUGAUACUGAAUCUAUCCCAAACUGCUUGCAGAUCUGCGUGAGUCCGAAGCAGUCCUUUCUGACAGACAUUGAAAGCGUAUGUCCUUGACCUGAAACCCACUACCAACCAAAAUUCUUCUGCCAUUAUUCAUGUCGCUACAGUAAAGGGGCCAUUCCACUAUGCCAAUCUUGCUACGAUUUGGCAAACCUACAGAUCGGGAACCUUCUUCACCUGAGUCAGCGAAAAGUUCUGUGUCGGAACAAAAAUUGCCGAAUUGAGCGGGGGCUUCAUUACGUCUACCCUGUUAGUACAUCUGAAAAGUCGUGGUUGCGAUAAUCCCAUGACUACGCGCCGUGUCGUUUGCGCUGUUCCCGCCCAUCCCGAUUCAAAAUGCUUGUUUUGUGCUCAGGAAUAUUAGCCGGAGAUGUAUUUAAAUUCAUGUUGAUCUGAAUAAAUGCCAGCUUUCACCCUGUCCUUAAAAUGAUAUUGCUACGCUGCUCCUGAUUUCGACCAAUUCUUAUCUUGCACUCCAUCGAUCCAUCAGGAUGGAUCAGGGUUUAAGAUCGCGGUAGUGGAAUGGCCCCUUAAUCCUUGCUUAAAGGAUGAUAAGAAUGGUAAAACUAAGCUUGGUUGCAUUAUGACCUAAAGUUACAUAGAUGGCUUUGAAUUUGUUUCCCAAAGUCAUGGUGAAAUCUCUGUAUUGAGCUAAUUUCAUGCAGCGUGUAUUUUCUGAAAGAGUCCAGUAAUGAUUUGCACUCUUUUGUAACAGCGCAAUAAUAAUUUAAUUAGCCCAUUAUUCGUUAACAUACACAGUAGUCAUUUAUUGCUGUUGACAUUUGUUUAUUUUGAAACUUUUUUUUAGAUUAAAGGGCCCAGCCACUGACAAAUCAUGGGGAAAUUGAAUCAAUACGAUAUUUGCAAAAGGCCAAUUGACUUGCAUAAUAUAAUCUGUCCGUCAUGAGCGCCCGUCGGACUAAUGCGAUAAAAGUUUGGACAGCACGAAUUUGACCAAACUCGUGAUGGUUAUUUACUUCGGAUCGUCGCAGUUCCAGUUUCCAACAAUCCCAAUUCCUAGACUCAUAACAGGUCUCUUGAUUGCGAAACAAAAAUAAAUAACCUCUCUGAAGUUAUGUACAUGUUUCAAAGUGAAAACAUGCUGUUUACUUCUGGUUGGUUAGUCUACUAACUAUUGCUCUCCUAAAGACCUCCCAGACAUGCCGGCGUCUAUUACAUAACACCCCCAGGCAUGCAGCCGAGUGAAAGACUUGAAUCCCUUCUCUGUUCUGAGAUAAGCCUUGAUUUCCCCAUGAUUUGUCAAUGAAAGGUCGCUUUAAUAUCACUUAAGCAGCAGUGGAAAGUAUGAGUAACAUCUAUUUCAUCAGGCCCUAACUUUGGGUUUGAUAGGAAUGUAUUACAUACAUGAAAUAGUGUUUUAUUACUAAAAGUUAUUGUCCAUUAUUAGUCUCAAUCUAAUGUAGUUGUUUUUUUCUUAUGUAGAUUGAUUCUUAAUAAUGAAAUAAGUUUAUUGUUCAAUCCAUUUUGAUUUUAUGCUUGAAAAACAAAUAUUUUUUUUAAAUGUCUGUAAAGAUUGUAUUUUAAAAUUUCAAGUAAUAUAUUGCAGGUUGUAUCAUUCCAUUCUUUAAUGAAAUAAUGCAAUUAAAACAAAAUAGGUAGCACUGAUCCUUCAUUGAUUUUAAAGUGUGCACCUAUAUGUGGGGUUUGUUUCCAUAGCUUUGUAGUCAACUUGAAUAUCCGCUUUAGAUGUUGUGUAUUUUUGGGGGAAACUGCUGGGAAGGUAAUUUUCACAACAGUGAUGUGUCAUAAAUCUUUUGUGAAGUUGAUUUUGUUAACCCACUGGAAUGUGAACUGUCAGGUUUAGAGACCAAGUGUUUGCUGGUACAGGUUUCCCAAUUUUAAUUUUUGGUGGCCAAAAAAAUGCAUUCUAUCAUUAAAAUGACAUUCGAGUACAAAUGACUAAUGGUCAACAUCUGCACUUGUAAUUCAACUUGAAUUUUAUGUGAUUACACAGUAAAAACGUUGUUUUAAAUUUUUAACAAAUGAAUGCUUAUUACUAUAUGAAUCAGACAGUAGUGUAUAUCAACAGUUUAAAUAACCAUGCUUAAUUUAUUGAGAAUUAAAUAUUAAAAAUCAAAAUUUGUUGUUUACGAUUUUAAACACAAGUUUGUUUAAACGAUUCAUAUAGUGAGCAAUGUUGUUUGC